AUGGCCAAUAUGAAGCCUGUUCGCUCUCGAUCUGGGUCGCGUGAAAAUGACGCAUUUGGAUGGCAAUUGUUCCACGAUCGACAGCACAACUUGGUUUACUACCUGCAUAGCUACACAGGCGAAGUGCGGUGGCCUCGACCGGAGACUGUGGGCUUCGUCAUGCACGGACUUAGGCCACUGCCUGCGCAGACCGGAAUUGAUACCAGAACGGAUGCCUGCACUGUCAAUCCAGACAUUUGGAGCCCGUACUACCCGCACGUAGUCAUGUUGCCUUCUGGUUUAGUGCAGGUGCAUCCUGGACCUAGCUCAGACACUCAAAACGCGGUCGAAAUGUGGUGCGGAUACAAUCGCUUCCCACUCCGACUUCCAGGACAACACGGCGCACGAAUGCUGCCACCCACAUGGGAAGACUCGCACAGUGGGUCACCAUUCUUGCCUCCGUAUCCAGUUGCCGUCCUUGGACGUGACGACAAGGAAAGCAAGCGCCAAGCUGCACCGAAAUCCCCUCUCCAACAUAUUAAUGAGCGAUUCCAGACUCCAGAGGUCAACCUUCCACGCAGUCGAAACCCCAGUCAGAACAGUGAGCUUGAACGAGCUCAAGGUUCACAGGAUUGGCCGGUACUCAACCCACCAAGCACGACCACCCAGACUACCGAUCGCAUGCAACCAGUGUAUCCGAAGGGAUUCUCGGCGUCGAACACGGAGAAGAAGGAGCACAACCGCAAAGGAUAUCUCCUUCGACAGGCGCGUAAGAUGAUGCGAGACGGUGGCUCCAGCUCAACAGCGACACCUCCAAAUUCAGGCCCAGCCACAUCAACCAAGCAGCGAACUCUCCAGCCGUGACAAGCAAGAUGCCUACGGAGACUUCGAAACCAUCUCCCCGCUACACUGUUGAGCGGAUGACCCGUCAAUUUCCACUGAAUACGUGAGAAGGAUUAUUUACUCGAGAGAAGACCAACACCGUAUCGCCGUGGACGCAAGA